AUGCCACAAUCACAGAUACACUCACUGAUGCGAGAGAGCGAAGAAGGUGGGAAAGCUGCUGAAGGAGCUGGAACGGCAUUGACGAUGGCUGGCCUUGCUGGGCAGAAACUAGGCCAUGGACCUGGGUUUCUGACUGGUUCUGUUCCCAAGAUGUACGGACAGACACAGGCAGACCAUGUUCUUCCGGGUCUUCUUCAGGCCAAGUCUGGGAGGGCCUCUUCUUGGGACGAGUCAAUCGAGUCAAUCGUCUGCCCCUCCACCCCGGUCUCUCCCUCAAAGUUGGGACGCUGGGCGCUGCAGGACAAGCAGUACGGCUUGGCUCUUGGAGGAUGGGAUCCACCAUCUCUUUAUCCGUGA